UUGUAGUGAAUAUGCGCAAUUUGCAUGCCACAAUAGACAUAUUAAAAUAUUAAAAAAGUCGUACCACAACGUCCUUCAGAAUAUGUUUAUUUCAAUACAAAUUGAUGUCAACAUUUCAGCCAUACGCAGAAAUUUCAGAAGGCUGCAGAAACGAUGUCUUUCAACGAGUUACAGAAGUAGACUCAACAAUUUACUACAGUUUGAAAGCGAAAAAUCUGUGAAAAUCGUGAAAUCUUAUUGAAUUGUUGUACUACACAGAGUUCUAUGUGUUUCGAACGAGUAAAAAUUAACAUUUUGUCCGAUGCAAGUGAAAUCUUGACAUUUUCAAUGACUUAAUAAAGUGUUUAAUUUGUGUAAACCUGUAAAGGCAUGAUGUUUAUGAUCUGCGACUGGAAUCGAGUGAAAAUGAAUGCGAAAUUAUAAAUUCGAUUGAGAGGCUUUAAUUGAUUAUAACGACGGAAUACUACAGGAGUACAAUAUAAUAAUGAAAAGCAAAAAUAAACAAUCGAAUUCACCUGGUUCGGGUGGUGAGAACACCAAUGGCACCUACCCUUUGUGCUCGAAUAAGGUUGCAUCAAAUGGAACAAAUUCUCUGAUAGAUGCUGAAAGCGGCGGAUCUUUGAUGGCCAUCCAAUCCCAGCAGCCAUACAAACCUCAUAUUUCAUUGGACAAGUAUGACGAGUUUCAAUUCAAAGUGCCUCCAGAAGCACCGGUGUUUGAGCCCUCCGAAGAAGACUUCAAAAAUCCACUUAUUUACAUCAACAAAAUUCGGCCGAUUGCCGAAAAAUAUGGGAUUUGUAAGAUACGACCACCAACGAGUUGGCAACCUCCCUUCACAGUGGACGUAGAAAAGUUGACAUUUGUGCCACGUGUCCAACGCCUGAACGAAUUGGAGGCAGAGACUCGGAUUAAACUGAAUUUUCUAGAUCAAACUGCAAAAUUCUGGGAACUGCAGGGUUCCUCACUCAAAAUUCCCAUGGUUGAACGUAAACCACUUGAUCUCUACACUCUACACAAGGUCGUGAACGAUGAAGGAGGCAUAGAAAUCGUUACAAAAGAUCGCAAAUGGUCGAGAGUAGCUUGCCGAAUGGGAUACCAGCAGGGUAAAAAUGUUGGCACGAAUUUGAAGGCGCACUACGAAAGAAUCCUGUACCCUUUCGACAUCUAUCGCUCUGGUAAAAUUAUAGAUUUGGCAAACUUGGAAACAGAACAGGAGGAUUGUGAAUAUAAACCACAUUCGAUUGAAGCUAGACAACAAGUGCAACCACCUCCUGCAACCACGGCUAGACGAUCUCAACGUUUUGCCCAAAUGAACAAAUCGGCCAGCAUCGGAGCAGAAAAUGAUUCAUUGCGGCUAUCACCGAGUAAAUAUCGUUUAAAGAAUGUGUCCAACACUAGAACGAAUGGUUCCGCGAACAGUAAGUCAGAUGAUACAUAUACAACCAAUUCACAUGACCCGAUGGCCAAGUAUAUAUGCCACAUGUGCAACAGAGGUGACGUCGAAGAGUCUAUGUUGUUAUGCGACGGAUGUGAUGCUUCAUAUCAUACGUUUUGUUUGCUUCCGCCAUUGCAAGAGAUACCAAAAGGUGAUUGGCGUUGUCCGAAAUGUAUAGUUGAAGAAAACUCAAAGCCUGUAGAGGCCUUUGGGUUUGAGCAGGCACAGCGCGAGUAUACAUUGCAGCAAUUUGGCGAAAUGGCAGAUCAAUUCAAGUCCAAUUACUUUAACAUGCCUGUUCAUUUGGUUCCAAGUGAGUUGGUUGAGAAGGAGUUUUGGCGUAUUGUCUCUUCGAUCGAUGAGGACGUGACCGUUGAGUAUGGCGCUGAUUUGCACACCAUGGAUCACGGAAGCGGAUUCCCCACGAAAUCUUCGCUUUAUCUGCUGUCCGAGGAUCAAGAAUAUGCGGAAUCAAGCUGGAAUCUCAAUAAUCUCCCAGUUCUAGAUGAAUCGAUUUUAGGGCAUAUAAACGCAGAUAUCAGCGGUAUGAAGGUCCCUUGGAUGUAUGUCGGAAUGUGCUUCGCAACGUUUUGUUGGCAUAAUGAAGACCAUUGGAGCUAUUCUAUCAAUUACUUGCACUGGGGAGAACCGAAAACGUGGUACGGCGUUCCAGGAACGCGUGCGGAAGAUUUUGAAGCGGCCAUGAAAUCGGCAGCACCGGAAUUGUUCCAAUCCCAGCCUGACCUGCUCCACCAGCUCGUGACAAUUAUGAACCCAAAUAUUCUAAUGAAUGCGAAUGUACCAGUAUAUAGAACAGACCAACAAGCCGGGGAGUUUGUGGUUACUUUCCCUCGUGCAUAUCACGCGGGAUUCAACCAAGGCUAUAAUUUUGCAGAAGCAGUGAAUUUCGCUCCAGCAGAUUGGAUGAAAAUGGGCCGUGAAUGCGUAAAUCAUUACUCAAAGCUGCGGAGAUAUUGUGUAUUUUCUCAUGACGAAUUGGUUUGUAAGAUGGCGUUGGAACCGGAUCGUUUGAAUCUGGGAAUAGCAACUGCGUGUUACAUCGAUAUGGCUGAAAUGGUGGACACCGAGAAAAAGUUACGAAAAAAUCUUCUUGAAUGGGGUGUUACAAAUGCAGAGCGAGAAGCUUUCGAAUUGCUCUCGGAUGAUGCGAGACAAUGCGAAGUAUGCAAAACUACUUGCUUCUUAUCAGCAGUGACCUGUAGGUGUACCACAAACUUAGCUUGCCUUCGUCACUUUGCCGAACUUUGCGAAUGUCCAUCGGAUAGUCACACUUUGAAAUAUCGUUAUACACUGGACGAACUUCCGUUGAUGGUUCAAAAAUUGAAGGUCAAAGCUGAAUCAUUUGAGAAGUGGCUAUUCAAAGUAAGGGAUGUACUCGAUCCUGCAAUUCAUACAAAUAUCACCUUAGAUGAACUCCAGGAAAUUGCACACGAAGCAGAGGCGCAAAAGUUUCCAAACAGUGUCAUUCUAGAACGAUUGAACUUCUCAAUACUAGAAGCGCAAAAGUGUAUAACGGUCAUACAGCAGCUCGACAUUAACAAGAUUCGAACCAGAACGCGAAAUUCGGCUGAAUGUGCUAAAUAUAAGCUGACCUUGGAGGAGUUGGAUAUGUUUGUAAACGAAAUCAAUAAUUUGCGUUGUAUCAUACGUGAAGGCGACAGCGUACGCGAGCUACAGAAAAUUGGUAAAGAAUGGAUGAAACAAGUAGAAAAUGCUUUGAAUACACGUUUCAAAGAUACCAAUGUACAGCAGCUAACGCAUUUAAUUGAAGAGGGAAAUUCACUAUGUAUCGAGCUGCCCCAAAUUGUACAGCUUAAGGAUCGGCUUGUGCAAUUCAAGUGGUACAGGCAGGUGCGUCUGCUUAGAGAAAAUACAAUUGAUCGUCUUUCGCUAGACGAAAUAAAAAAAAUAUUAGACGAAGGAAUGCAAAUCCUUCCGCAUACAGUUCUCGAAAAGGAACUGGCUGAGUUACAUGGAAUCAUGCUACAGAUCGUGGAUUGGGAACAAUCGGCGAGCCAGUGUUUCAAAACGGAAACACAACAUAAGAUCAGUGAAAUAGAGAACUUACUGGAGCGAGCCCAUUUGAUAGAGGAUUUCUUACCUUCACAUGGUCAACUUAAGGAUGCUCUUCAAAAAUCGAAAGAAUGGCUUCAUGCAAUCGAAUCGUUGGAACGAAGUGAAAAUUAUAAUUUCUUCCACACCCUUCAAAAUAUCGCAAAUCGUGCAAAGUUAUUGCCGAUGGAGGUUGAACGACAAAAACUACUUGAAAGUAUGGGGGCAGAUCAAGAUGGGAAAUUAUCGCUAUCCUCAUUUGGAUGCAUUGAUUCUGCCCUCAGCGGAGGAACAAAAAGGAAAAAAACUACUUGUACCGAUGAAGUGAUUAAGAAAAUCAAGGAUGAUCCGUGUAUUACCAAGCAAGAUGAGCAAAUUUUGAAGGCGCAGAUCCUUUAUUGGAACAAUAAAAGCAAACUUAAUGCGCUGGGAUCAUCUUACUGGUACACCAAUAUCGACGAUAAAUUCGGAGACAGCAAGAUUGUUUACCACUGUGGAAAAUGUUCGGAAAUCGCUAAAAAGAAACGUGCUAAGCAUUACCAAGAAGAGAAACGAGAACUAUUACGGGAACAAUAUAAGUCAGAACCAGGAUUGGAAGUGGUACCGAAAGACAUCGUAGAAGAUGAACACGAACUAGGAGAUUCGUUUGAUGAUUUCGAAGAUAAGGACGAUGGAGAUGAUCACUCGGAGAGCGAUCCAGAAAAUGACAGUGAACGAUAUAAUGAAAACAGUCACGACGAAGAUGAGGAAGGUGGAGGUGACACUUUCAUAGGAGACAGUGAAGAUGAUAGCAACACGGGAAAUGACAAUUCGAAACAAAAUGUCUUCGGUAAUGGAGAGAAUUGUAUCGGUCUCUCUAUGCAUUCUAACAACUUAGAGCCUGACAUGUCCGCCUCUUCCGCCACAGUUACUAGUCAACAAGGCAAAAGCCCAAAACAGAAGUUGGCUACUGGCAAUACGAGAGAUACGAAUCCUACGUCAACAAUUGCAAUUGAUCCACGAGAAGUAAUUUUUUAGACAGAACGUUGUAAACUGUGCGUGUAGUGGUAGUAUGUUUCAUAUCACAUCUCGCAUAUAUAAGGUUGAACUCCGUUUCUUGUAGGAUAUGUCAGUAAACAAGUCUGUGAAUUUUUCAUUGUUUUGAAUGAUCGCAAUUCGGUUGGACGCUUCGCUAUCGUCUCCAGAUAUCGAUUCCUGAAAUAUUCCACAAUUAAGUGUCUAUAUAAUUAGCUAUAAGUUCAAGAACAUCAGAAAAUCAUACACAACAUUGAAGUAAAGUGUCCUAUUUUCGCA